UUAUCCUUCACUAGAUGUGUUAGCUAUGGCUUCUUGCAAGGUAGAUGAGCUCGCAAGUGACACAAAGCAUUUUGCUUCAGGCUGUGGACAGCUGUCUGCAAGUGGCCCUGAUGACACUGCAGAGGAACUUCAAUCGGACAUGACAAAUGCUCCAGUUAAACCCCAGGCAUCUGGGAAAUUUCGGAGGACAGCCUUGAGAUUUUUUGGAGUCCGGAAAAGUAUUUGUAUUUUGCCGACUUUAUUUGGAGGAAGGAGUAAAAGUCAGAGCAAAUGGUCUUCAAAAAUAGGAAUUGGCAAAAGCAAAACCCAUGAUGGACUUAGCAAAGCAGGUCAAGAUGACAAUCUGGAAAGUGAAUAUGCAAUGGCUGGAAAUUUUGAGUAUCACAACCACAGUGACACAGCUGGAAAGCUCCACAAUAGUUCUCACAGUGAAUUUAGUCACGCAAUUGCUGAUCAGAAAUCUUUGUCUCUUUCUCGACAAAAAAAGGGUUUGAGGAGUCUAUUUCAUAGCAUUAGGCAUCACAGAAACCACAGAAAUGCUGAAUCAGACAAAAAUGAAAUGAUUGCAAUGUCCUCUCCUCUUUGUAAGAAAAAGGUGCCUGUUGUCCAUGACAACAGUAGCUUAGAGUGCCUGGACAGUUUGUCUGAACCCGAUGUGCCUGAUCUUGCAGAUGUCACAUGUGAUAUCACUAUUGCUCCUGAAUGUAUUGAUGCUGGUGAUGUGGUGCUGGAGAGCAGUGUGGUAAAGCAAGAAAGGCCUAUGUCUGUGCUUGAUGAUCAGACACUUGAAGAUCAGAUGGAGGGAAUGAAAAUAAUCACUACGGUUUCCAGUGAAUAUGAUGAGGACUCCAGAACGCACAGUGAGUCCUGUCAGCAACUUGAGAUGACUCCUGAGCCUUUAACAGAGAGCCAGCUACGUAUCGGCUCAACAGAUCAGCUCAACCUCAUCUUGGGAGAUGUUGCAUCGUUGAAGAGCUUUGACUCACUAACUGGAUGUGGUGAUAUCAUUGCAGACCAAGAUGAUGAUAGUAUAUCAGACAGUACUGUUUCUGGAGAAAGGAGCAGGAAUGCAGGAAAAAGGAUUUCUUGUUAUCUCACUUACCAAGGUGGGGGUGAAGAAAUGGCUUCCCCUGAUGACUUUGAUGGGGACAGUCUUCAUGCCCUCUGGGGCAACAAAACUGCAGAAGAAAUCUGCUGCUCUUGUGACAAAGACCACACUGUAGCUUUGAGCGUCGAGUUGUCAAGUUCAAAUCACAUGAACUUUACAAACAGUAACAGUGCACAUCAAGGUGAAGCUACAGACAUCUCUGCUUCGAUUGCUGAUGUUUUGACACCUCAGAGUGAACAUCAAGAAUCUGUUCCAAACAGUGAUGAGGGCUACUAUGAUUCAACCACCCCAGGGCCAGAUGAAGGGCAGGAAAAGGUUGAUAGAAUAAGGGGGGACAGAUUACCGAGAGAUAGUUACAGUGGCGAUGCCCUCUAUGAACUUUUUGCUCCGGAUGAAAGUCUUAUAAGUCCACGUUUUGAAGACCAGCCACAGCUGCCUAAUUCUGAGUCUUGUGGGUAUUUACAUGAGGCAGUAGAUAUGACAGACUCUGUUUUUGUCCCUGAAGUGAAUCAAUUACAAAUGUGUCCCAACCUAAAUCAAGUUCAUCAAGAUUUCCUGUCAACUGAAAUGCCAACCAUUUGUAAUAAAUACACAAGGGAUCUGCAUGACAACGACUUGCAUCAAAACAGUAAUUUGAAUUCAGAACCCCAAGGCUCUCUUAAUAAGACUAUCAAAUUGCAGGUUUUUGAUGAAAAAGAAAAUAUGCUUGCUGCACUUGAGAAUCGGACAAAAUCCAUAAAUACCGAUUGUGUACAAAGUCCCACAGCAUUUACAAGCAGGUCUGAUCCAAAUUUUGAUCGCUUUUCUGCCGACACAUUUUGCAAGGUGCAAGAACAGCACCUUGAGGAAAACAAGCCUGUGGCUCUAUCAUACAGAACUGUCAGUACCUGUUCUGCAAUUUCAAAUGAUUUAGAAGAUGGGCAGACUGUUUGCUUUUCACAAGCACUUGUGGACUACACAAAACACUCUCAGUUGUUGAGUAAUCCACACAACAGUAUAGAUGGUUUAGAGAAUAAUUCUUCCUUUGCACAGAAUAUGCAGGCCUUACCUACUAUUGUCACAUUUGAUGUAGUGGAUAUGCAUAAUGAGGGUGAAUAUGAUGAGCAAAUUCACAUGGAAAUGGAGGAAGACAUCACAUCACCUUAUCAACAGUUUGAAGAAAGCUAUUUACAAAAAGACGCAUUUGCUGAAUGUGACUAUCAAUUGUUAGGCUUGUAUGAACAAGAUCUAUCAAGUAAUGCAUGGGCAAUUGCCAGUCUGCCACGGCACCUAGGCCUUACAAGAGUAAAUCAGCCUAUGGCUAGUCAGUUGUCUCUAGAUAGGAGAAGUAGAUCACUGGACACGGAAGGCCUAGAGUUAAAGAUGUUUGACAAACACAGGAGGGAAAGAGUUAAUGUUGCUUCUUCUCCUCAGAUAGAGAAAUGUUCUAAAAGAGUGUCCUCCCUCCAUCAUCAAAAUAAUGUACAUAGUUCCACACCAGAAGUCAGUGACAGUAGCAGCGUCAUGUGCUCAUCAAUGCAAAAAAAGACAGAGGAGUCUUUAAAUCCCCCUCUAACGGGUGUAAAAUUAACUGGAAAAAUGCACACUGCCUGUCCAACCCAUAUAAAACAAACAGUAUUUUCAGGGCCAUCAAGCAGUAACUUUCUUAGCAGUAAGCCACAAUUACCAUCAAAUGGAUCAGAAAGGGUGUCUUGUGAAUUUAUUUCACAAAAUACAGAGCUUUGCGACAGACAGUGUCAUGAAUCAGAUUCUUGUUUAUCUCAUGGCACCUUUGUUUUUUCUGGCGUCAUGGGGGGUGAGUUAUUAGUGAGAACUGUUCCACCAUCAAAUGAGGAUAUUUUUUACACAACUACCAUUAACACCCAACCAUACAGUCAGUGUAGUAAAAAUAGACCACUGACUGUUGCCCAAGGAAUGUCUCAUUCUGGAAGUUCACAGAACACAAAUGGUUCUUAGGAUAAAGUAGACUUCAUCAGUGAAGCAAGGAAAGCCAUGGAUAUGGUUUGCCCUGUGGCCUGCAGCAAAUAUCCAGAGGCCACCCCUAAUUAAGAGGAGGGCAUUCAUUCAGUUGGCAGUCAGCCCAUAUUUGUUUUCACCAAUGAGUAUCUUUUAUGUUACAUUGGAUGAAUUGAUUGUUACUUCAAUUGUAUUU